AGCGAAGAAUAUCAUUCGCUGAACACAGUCCAUCCAUACUACGAUAAAAAAGAACGUCACGUCCGUGUGUUUUAAAAAAGCUGCUGCAGACCGAAAAGCAGCAUCCACAAUUUUGGGAAUUUGGCAUCUCGCUGAUCUCUGUUUCUCGGCAGCGAUGUUCAGUGAAGCGGAGGUGAUUACCGCCAUUCAUAGUCCUAACUCAUGGUACGGAAUUUGCGGAAAUUCUCAAGCAAGUAAUCAUCUGGUCCUAACGAGGCUUAAGGGAAUAGACAUGUCCUGAGCAAAAGUGGAAAGAAAGAUUCACCCCACGCCUUAGCUGUGAUUGUGCCGUUGCCCGACAGUUUUGAUUCGAGAAGAGUCGCCGCCUCACUGUGCCGCGAUGCUCUUACUUCUUAGCACUCUUGUCGUCUGCUUCACUUCAUGGCAGAAGCUUGACGAUGACUCAAGUCUUGUUCUGUUCUCUCCAUCUACUUUCAUUUUGAAUUCUGUCAGCCAGUCCUCGUCCCUCCUCAGCGGCCAUGUCGUUAGCUUCGCACACAGAUCUCUCCCUCCUAGUGGUCUCCGACCCAAUCCCGACUGACCAGGUCAUCGAAAGCAUCAUCCCUUCUCUGCUUUCCCACUUCUCUCAAGUGAAGCAGCGACUUCCACACCGGAACAACGACAAGGCCCAAGUCCACCGGAAAGCUGACGACUUUCAUGGCGACAUCAGGAGAACGAGGAGUUUGCCCAUCGAAAGCCGCAGAGACGGAAGCAGCAGCAACGGCAGAGGAGGCAACCCCAGCAAAAAUAAGAAGAACUCGAAGAAAAUCAACAGCGACGGCAAGGAAACUACUGACGAUUCUCUUCAAGAUGAUCAUCUGUGUUAUCAGAUUGAGAGGCUUAUCAGAGACCUCAGUUAUGUCAAGGACGCGUUGGACAAGAAUAGGAAGAUCGAGGACAGUGUGAGCAAGCUGAUCAAGACCCUCUUCGAGCGAAGCAAGAUCACGGCCUUCCCAGGUUCAGCGCAAACACCCGGGGCUACCCACGGCAAUUCGGGGAGGAUCCGAGACCAGCUCUCUGAGCUCGCCGAAAUAGUUACAAAGUUGAAGCUUCAUAUCCCCCCUUCCCACAAGCUAUUGUCCUCGACCUCCGAUUCUCCCAGGGGCAAGCAAGUGGCGGAUGAGUUUGGCGACAAUAAAGAAAUGCCUGACUUGGCGGUAGAGCAGAAGUUCCUUGGUAGUUCGGUUUAUGAGCACUUACGUUCCCCCUAUGAACAGCUUGAUGACCGAUCAAAGUUGUGUCUGCUGUGUUUUGCUGUGUUUCCUGAGCAUGCUAAGAUCAGGAAGAGGGUCAUGUAUCACUGGUGGGUUGGAGAAGGGCUAAUUGACCCUUCAAAUAGUAAAGACAAGUCAGCUGGCGAUAUUCUGAAGGAGUUGGAGAAUGGGGGUUUCAUUCAAGCGGUGUUCAAGAAGCGCAAGACGGUGACUACGAGUAACAACUAUACGAUGAUACCGCUUAUACGCUCUCUAGUGGUGAUUCUGGCCAAGGAAAAGGAGUUUUUUGACUUCGACUCCAGGGGUUACCCCACACCGAACUUCUCGGAGUGUCUUAGGUCUUGUUUGGUCAGAUCAAAAGAGGCUUCCUUGCAGAAGGCGAUAGAAAAGUCAGAUUUGGAAAAGCUGCGUACUUUAAUCAAUGUCAAUGAAGCUUACCUGGAUUUCAAGGUGGAAUGGUUCUCAGACAUGAAAAAUAUGAGUUCUAUCUCACUGGGAAGCUGGCGGGGGUCAAAGAAAGAGCAUAUCGAAGUCGAGAACACAGAAUUCCUCCGGGGCAUGAGGAAUAUGAAACAUCUGAAGUUAUUAAGCCUUCAGGGUAUAUCUAGAAUCAACGAGCUACCCGACUCGAUUGGGAAGCUUUAUAAUCUGAGGAUUUUGGAUCUUAGAGCUUGUCACAACCUUGAGUCACUUCCGGAUGAAAUGCGUUCCCUUAAAGAGCUCAUAGUCCUGGAUGUUUCUGAUUGCUACUUGCUUGAAUACAUGCCCAAAGGGCUCGGUUCACUUGUUAAGCUUGAAGUGCUUCUGGGGUUUGUGGUUAGUGAUCUCAAAAGGGGAAGCUAUUGUACUGUCAAUGACUUGGCCAAGCUCAAGAAACUCAGGAAAUUGGGCUUUCGCACAAGCAGGAAGUCUUUCCCAACAGAGAGGGAGUUGAGGACUCUUCAAGAAUUUAAUGAGCUUCGCAAAUUGACAAUCGAAUGGGGUGAGAAUUCUAUCUCAGAAAAGGAUAAAGGUACAGAGUCAGCCACUGAUGACCCAAUCAAAAGCAAAUGCAUCGCUGAAUUACUUCCAUUCAAGAAAUGCGCUACCCAGAAACCAAUAGCCGAUGAGCCGAAACUUUUCAAAAAUUUGGAGAAACUAGACCUGCUUUGUUACCCUUCGACCACACCACCUAAAUGGCUAAUGCCCGAGAAGCUUGAGAAGCUCGAGUCUCUGUAUGUCAGAGGAGGCUAUCUCCAUCAUUUGGGUCAGGUUCAAGAAGAUAAGAAGUGGAGAGUCAAGACUAUGCGUUUGAAGUAUUUGAAGGAGUUGACAAUGGAUUGGAGGGAAAUGCGGCAAUUAUUUCCAGAUUUAGUGUGCUUGCAGAUGAUUGAUUGCCCGAGGCUCACCUUGUUCCCAUGCGACAAAGAUGGAGUGUGGCUGAAAGAGCAAAAAGCAAUCACAAGAGAUUGACAUCGCAAGCAUGAAUACUAGUAGGGGCAAGGUCUUGGCAAGCGGAGAGUUCCCGGUAAAGUUAAUUUCACUGUAUAUAUUCUACAUAUCUGCGUGCGUGUGAGAUGGUGAAUACAAUAAACUUGCUGCUCGUUGCGGAGAAAGCUAAGUUGGCGAUACUGUUAAUUGGAAGGAAGGAAAGUGCAGAAAGCUGCAAGCAUGUCACCCAUGGCACGGAGUGAAAUGAACAUCUUAGAAGAUGUGGCCCUUCUUCAUUCUGGGUAACGAUCAUCACCGUUCGUGAACUUCCUUUCCAUUUUCAUCUUAUUGCAUAGUCGAAGGUGUUUGUAUGUACUAUUCAUCUUCAUAAGAUGACGAGCACACUUAUAUGUUUUGUUGACUUCUGCUCUCCUGAAUAAUAGCAGGUCAUAAAUUUCUCUUUGUUCCUA